AUGUCCGCUGAGCAGACCUUCUCCCAGGCCGACCUUCGCAGCAACGCUCAGUCUUACAAGCGCGACGCUACUCACAAGCACAAGUGGGCCUUGGGAACCUCGGACGGUGUGGGCAGGGCUCCAGGCAAGCCACGGCCAUACCGUCCAUCCGAGACGGAGUACAACCUCAAGCGACGUGAGGAGAAGAGCGCCGUAGCUUCCCUCGCCCACGGCACCAAGAUUGCCCGCAAGCAUGACAUGCUCGAAGGUACCGCCAUGACGGACGACUCUUCCGGUAGCAACUCAGACGAGUACGACGAGACGCCUUCGCCACCUGUCGAUGCCGGUGUUACGUAUUCGUUCGACCACGCCCGUGGCCCAACCAAGGGCAGCCAGAUCUUGAACGUCGCCCUCGCCAAGGCUGUGGAGAAGUUUGAAGAGCGGGAGACUGUCAAGUUGGUCAAGAGCGAGUACGAGCUGCUGGACUCCGAGGGCGAGGCUGUCACUCCUUCGCCAGCGAAGAAGCGCAAGGGCAAGAAGGCAGCUGCUGAGCAGGCUGUUGUGGUUCCAACUGAGGAUGAAGACUACGAGUUUGUGUAA